AUGUCUAGGAGUGAAAUAACGACGAAGCUGUCAAAAAUUGUAAACACAGCGCACGUGACGCCAGCCCACAACAAACGCGACGCUAAAAUGGCGACAAAGGGCAAACGUCCGAUGCGCGCUCUUACACCCAGCGAUAAAAUCGAAGCGAUUCAGCGCGUCAACGACGGAGAGUCCAAGGCGUCGGUGGCUCGCGACAUCGGUGUACCCGAGUCGACGCUACGCGGCUGGUGUAAGAACGAGGACAAGCUGCGGUACAUGACAUCCCGCCUGUCGUCCCCGGACACGGACAAGAGCAAUGACGGCGAGCCGCCCGAUAAGCGCGCUCGCACUGAGUCUCCUAUCGCGCCCCAGUCGCCGGUGACGGCGGGCCUCGACCUCUCCACGCCCACCACCUCGGCCCACAGCUUGCCGCAAGUCGCGCCGCCGCCCAUCGAUACACCCGUUGAGCUCACAACUAAACGCACAGAGCCUACCACUCAACAUUCCGCUGCACGCGAGCGCCGCCCCGACCCCGGCGCUAGCGUCUCCAUGAGUGCCAUCAGCCCACUAUCGGGCCUCGCACAUCUGCCUGGUCUUACACACUCCCACCUCGGACUGAGUUUCAACGAGAUCGCCACUAAUCUGACGCUCCUCGCGCAACUUAAUCCCGGCUUAACGGGCUUAUCAGCUCAACCGGCCAGUCGCGCACUUCGUUCGGUGCGCUCUCCAAAACCUGCUCACAAUGGAGUCCUCAAUUUAAAUGAGACAAAACAUCGAAGCAAAUCACAUCAUUCAGACCCUUAUCGACAUAGCGGAUCGAAAUCCAGCCAUCACAGCAAUUCUCAGAGCGCAAGCCAACCAGUUGAUGACACUUUGUGGUAUUGGCUGAAGACUCAGCAAGCCAUGCUCGAUUUAACCGCUCAAACGACGACUGCUCAUCCGUUGCAGCUCAGCAAACCGAGCGAACCAAGUCUACCACCGAAACCAGUGGCGCCCGCCCCGCCCUUAAACUCCCACUUGGAUUAUAACAGAAAUUCGUGGUUAUGGCAAUACUACAAACAAUUUGGAGGCGCCAUGCCUCUCCCGGAAGACAAGCUCAAAUCUGCCUCACAGGUGCCGAAAGACAAAACUGCUGAAAACAUUUUAUAUUCUCAAUUGACCAAAGGAAAAGCAGAAGAAGAACAAGCUGCAACAACAUGCCCUAACCAAAUCCAGCCUCAACAAAGUGAAAUACGAGAACCGGUACCAGAGGCGCGUGUGGCAGAGCCGGUCGCGAGCCCCGAAGUUGGAACAGAGAACAAGGAACCGACCACCGAAAAGAACGUAGAAGCUGGCAAGAGUCAAACUAAAGCGCGCAAUGUGCUAGACAAUUUGCUCUUUAAUAACACGAGCCAAGGGGUGAGCGAGGAGGCGAAGUCGAACGAGGUUGCUAACGGGGAAUGGGAGUCGGGCACGGCGGAGGCGCUGGAGCACGGUGAGAAAUUCCUGGCGUGGUUGGAAGCGAGCGGCGACCCGAGCGUGACCCGCAUGCACGUGCACCAGCUCCGCGCACUGCUGCACAACCUGCGCGCGCGCCGCUCGCACGCCGCGCCCGGCGUGGCCGGCGUGCCCAGCGUGCCCAGCGUGCCCGGCGACCACGCCGCGCGCCGCAAGUAG